AUGACGAAGUGGUCAAUCGAAUUAAGUGAGUUCGACAUACAGUAUCAACCAAGGCCUGCUGUCAAGGCCCAGGUACUCGCUGAUUUUAUAGCAGAAAGGCUCCCUGAUUCAUCCACUAAGUCAGACAUGUGGACACUGCAUGUUGAUGGGUCCUCUAAUGCUGCUGGAGGGGGAGCUGGAUUCAUCCUUUCAGCCCCGGACGGUAGUGAAACUCUUUUCGCACUAAAGCUGGAGUUCAUAGCAACCAACAACGAGGCGGAGUAUGAAGCUUUGUUAGCAGGCCUAGGCCUGGCAGAAGCGUUAGGGGUGGCACAGAUCAAAUUCGAUAUAGAACGUGUACCAAGGGCAAAGAACAAAAAGGCGGACGCACUCGCGAAAUUGGCCUCAGCAACCAAUUCGGAAUGGAAAGACGCUAUUUAUCUUAAACGAAUAGGGAAACCCUCAUACGAGGAGGACAGAAUUAACUCAGUAGAGUCCGAAAUCAACAAUGACGAUUGGAGAGCGUCUCUAUUCCUAUACCUUCAGGACGGAUCCCUACCAGAGGACAAUAAGGAAGCUCUGAAGGUGAGGAGGAAAGCUGCAAGAUAUACGUUGAUGGGCUGGGAGCUCUAUAGGCGAUCCCUAACACUGCCCUACCUUCGGUGUCUAAGCAACGAGGAAGGGGAGUACAUACUACGGGAAAUCCAUGAAGGAGUUUGCCGAAACCACCUUGCCAAUAGGGCUUUGGUCCACAAGGCUAUGCGACAGGGAUUUUACUGGCCCACAAUGAAGAAGGACGCGGUCGAGCUUGUCAAAAGAUGCGACAGAUCCACCAUAACAGAGCAGAACAUUACGCGCUUUGUGUGGACGGUAGUGGUUUUCCGUUUCGAAAUUCCUUGGGCAAUAGUUACGAACCGCGGGAGGCAGUUCGACAACAAACGCUUCAAAAAGUUCUGUUCGGACCUAUCUAUUAAGCUCGUCUUCGCAUCAGUGGCGCACCCCCGGAGCAAUGGACAAGUAGAGAACAUAAACCGGACGAUAUUGCACGGGUUGAGGACGCGACUCGAAUCUAUGCAAGGUAGAUGGGUAGAGGAACUCCCCUCACUCAUAUGGGCAUACCACACCACCAAGAGGGCGGCAACAGGGGAAACCUCUUUUAUGCUCGCCUUUGGCACAAAAGCGGUCAUCCCAGCAAAGGUAGGGAUACCCUCCUGGCGAAGGCAGUACUUCAGUGAGCAAACCAACAACGAAGAGAUCAGAUCAAAAAUAGAAUUACUGGAAAAGAGACAGGACCAGGCGAGUCUAAAAGUUGCAGCAUACCAACAGAAAGUAGCUAAGUACUACAACAAAUGCGUCAAACUAUGA